UCUCCUCUUUGAAGUCUCCAAUGGUUUUUUCAUUAUAGACAAAAAUGAACGUCAAAUACACUUGUUUACAUAGUCUCUUCAACCUCCUACCACCACCAUCACAUUCCAAAACCACUCGGUGCAAUGUCCACACCAGCAGAAUACUAUCGAUCUCUCCCACCUGUGAGCAAGGCCUAUGGAGUUGCCUGCUUUAUGACCACAGCUGCAUUUUCUCUGGGACUUUACGAUCCUUCUAGGAUAUCAUUAGAGUAUGGCCUCGUAAUAAAAAGUUUUCAGGUUUGGAGGCUUCUUACGAAUUUCUUCUUUCUUGGGCCAUUUUCAUUACCUUUCGCUUUUCGUUUGCUAAUAAUAGCAAAAUAUGGCGUUUCACUUGAGAGAGGGCCCUUUGACAAGAGAACGGCAGACUACGUAUGGAUGUUGAUCUUUGGAGCACUAUCACUUCUUGUGAUGGCUGCUGUUCCAUAUCUAUGGUCUGAAUUCAUGGGAGUUUCUCUAGUAUUUAUGAUGGUCUAUAUCUGGGGCCGUGAGUUCCCAAAUGCGCGCAUAAACGUCUAUGGUCUUGUGUCAUUUAAGGGAUUCUAUCUUCCUUGGACAAUGCUAGCAGUGGAUUUGCUAUUGGAUAAUCCCUUGAUGCCAGACAUUCUAGGAAUAGUUGCAGGACAUUUGUAUUACUUCCUAACAGUGCUGCAUCCUCUUGCUGGGGGAAAAUACGUCUUCAAGACUCCUUAUUUGGUAUACAAAUUAGUUGCAUAUUGGGGUGAAGGAACACAAAUAAAUUCCCCGGUGCAACGUGAUCCAUCAGCAGGAGUUGCAUUCCGUGGAAGAGGCUACCGUCUGAACGGAAGCCAAACACGCACUGGAGAGCAGGCGGAAACAAACGGUCCUGCACAGGCAGCACAGCAGCGCAACCAGGCCGGCAGAGGAGCUUUCCAAGGCAGAAGCUAUCGACUCGACGGCCGUUAGACCGAAUCUUCAUCUGAAAAUCAAAUCCUAAGAUGCACAACAUGACAAUUAUUGGUAUGAUCUUCUGAUUUUUGGUAGGUAAUAUAUUGUUGUAUUCAGCUAGUAGAGAGAGGAGCCUUAGUGCUGGACCUGGCUUUUGAAGCCUUCUAUUGAAAAUGUCAUAUCUACAACUACAUGCAACUUUUGUUUCAUUUGUGUUAAAAUCCCACUUCUAGCA